AUGACAAGAAUAACUCAGCAGCUUACGCAGAAAUUAACCAGGUAUGAUGACUAUUCUUUAAAGGAAACUGGAACAUCAUCUCCUUCAAAAAUUGCUUUAGUUUCGUUUCUUGAAAAUUUAAUCGAGGCUCUGCCUCAUACCACUGGACUUUCUCUGGGUCUUUCACUCACUCGUUCAACUUUUGUUGAAUUGCAACAAUCGAUUGCUAUUUGGUUUCGUUCUAAACUCUCAAUUUACUCAAAUAAUUACAAUGAGAGGGUAUUGACAAAAUUGGGAGCGGAAUUGUUUUCCGAUCUUGGUUCUGAACGUUUUCAUUUCAUGUUGGUUCAACUACGUUUGUCUUUCGAUUCGGAUCUUUCCUCUUUGAAACUUGUUGCAGCUUUGUACAAAGGAGCAAAGUCUGUAGCUACUUUGCCUAUAACCAUGACGCCUUUAUCAAGUUCACCAGAUUCUAAUGAGGACGAGGGAAACCCCAGUUGCUAUGAGGAUUACUUUCUCAUUUCUUCCACUUACCUGAAAUCUUUCACGGGUUCAUUGUCAAGCGAAGAUGUUGGUCAGUCAUCAAUUGAUUAUCUCCUAGCUGAUGCAUUUGAAGAUCUUGGUGGAAUGUCGCUAUCAACUUCUCAAGCUGCUAAUGGUCUCUUCAGUCAAUUUUAUCCAUCCGAUGUUACCGCAAACUUUGUGGCCAAAUGCCUCUGUGUAAUGAUCGGGCCAACCCCUGAUGCCAAAUCUUGUCUUACUUCUGAGCAGUUUAUCCGCUUCCUUCGUUCGAUUGGCAAGAACUUUCCUGAGAACGUUCCAGUGGAAUCGACAGUUGGCGGAUGGCCUGUAGAUACUUUCCUCGACUGGGUACACCGAAUGAACUUUGACCUCACCGCUUCUCAAGUUAUCGAAGCCCUUGAUUGCUCAAAUUUUUACGUCUCUGAUCACAUAGGCCUUUCCGUAUUGAAACGUUUCCUUGUCUAUGAAACUCACAAUCUACAAGAGGUACCCCUAGAGAUGUUCUAUCGUUCGUGGAUAAAUGUUGCAGGACAACUUUCGCUGUUUCAACAAUGUGUCGCCAAUCCAGAUUUAAUUGUUCUCCCUUUAAACACUUCUGUACAUCAUUUAAGUGGACUCAAAUUGGCCGCCGGAGAGGAAAAAACACCAAUGAUACUAAUUUGGAAAUGUCCAGAUUUUGUUGCGGCCGUGCUUCGAAUCUCUACGCUUGGAUAUUUUAACCAGGCCCGCAUUCUUAUAGAGGAAGGACUUAAAUAUUCUCCGGAUAUUGUCACGGCUACUUUGCUUUCAACUUCUGGAAUGGUUCCUUUGAAACUGAAGAUGCUUGAAAAGGCCUUUUCUCGUCUUCUCUUGCCCCACACUAAUUCACACGCAAUUCUCCAGGCUGUGUGGACGGGUCCAUCUAGCCAUUUGACUGAUUCUGAACGUAGAUUACAACGCAGUCUCUUGUUGCAUCAAUGUAUGAAGCUCAUUGAGACAUGGUGUGAUGAUACAUCCCCCCCACUAACGAGUUCGAAUUCUCCUCAAGAUACCUUCUUCAAUCUCUUGAGUGUUAUCCUUCGUCUCCAAGGCGAUCCCAUAAUCCCUAUGGCCCUACUUCUGGGUUCUCGAUCAAAUCCCAUAUCCAAGGCUGUCUUCCAGAUGUGGCCAAUGCGCAACACUUCUGAUGUCUCCUUCUUUAAUACAUUUGGCCUUUUUGAAAUUGUCAACUGGCUAUCAGUGAGAGCACGCCUGGACUUGGCUAUCUCUCUUGUUGCCUAUAUGGUCGAUGCCGUCAGCAAUUUCUUUAAUGACAGUGCCGAGCCAUUCGGGCUACUUAACCAGUGUCCCAGACAAAUAUCCACAUUACAGAAUGCUCUCAGCGGUUUUCUUACUAAUUGGUUUACGGAACAAAUGUGUGUGCCAAGAGAUGAAGCUGAUAUCUUUGCAAUUGAAUUGCGUUCAUAUCUCAGUCGACGCUAUCCAUCGCUGGCUGACAGUGGAGCCCCGAUCUUUUCACCGAAGCUAGAAGCUAAUUACCACCUUCCAAGAAAACUUAAAAGGCCUCCACCUAUGUUUCUUCGCCACAUAAUCAAUUCCGCAUGGAAAGCUAUCAGUGAGGGAUCGGUUAACGUCUCCCCGAGAGUGCAAGCAGAAACUGCUCAAACUUUGGAAUUUUACCUCCAGAACUUGAAUAGAGCCCUUGCCGCUCAGUCUAACCCUAUCUGUUCCGGUCCCAGCGUUUUCAACAGUGUUCCCCAAAUUGGGUCAUCCGUCUGGAACACAAGGGACUCAAAUUCAACCAAUAUCUCUUAUCUAAAUCCCCAAAGCCAAGUUCCUGGGAAUAGGGGCGGAGCUCCCCAAAUGGCGGGGACAGUUCAGCCUUCCAUAGGAGGUGGGCCACCACUCAUCUACCUGGAUUUUACUGGCGAUCUGGUGGAUGCGGAUUCCACUCCAGAAGAUCGCCAAGUGAAUGGCUUCUUUCAUAAUCUACUCCAAGGUUCGGCAUCUGUUGAAGAAAGUGUUAAAAUUCUCUACGACUAUGCUACUCAUGAUGAUGUUGCGAAUAGAAAGCUUCUUGAGGGCAUUCUCAGGAUCCUCACUGCGGAAAUUACCCUACAUUUUCUCGAUUACCCCGAACACGCACUGAAUUCAAUUAUGGAUUUUUAUGGCGGUGUUUUGGCUGGUCUUGUUAAUCAGCUCCCUGUAACACUUCUGUCUUCCCUGUGGACGGCACUUUUAGGCCGUCUAUAUCAGUUCAAUGGCGAGACUCCACUUGAUACCCCUGCUUUCCGAUCAAUUAUUGGUGUUCUCUACAAAACUAAGGCUACAUUUGUACGAUACGCUAAUCUCACCUCCGCAAUCAUUCGAUGUCACGCCUUUAAGCAAUUUCCUCCGGAUCUUCGUGAGACUAUCCUUAAUGCCGAUGCUGUUUGUAAAUCCUAUCAACGUCCCACUACUAACGCUCACCCGCACCUCACCGGUUCACAGUCCCUCAAGGAUCUUCAUGCCUCCGGACAGGCAAUGCAUAUGCAGCAGCCUCAGUCACAGCAAAUGCAACAGUCUGGAUUUCAGACGGAAUGGGCUCCACCAACUUCACCUGAGGAGGGUGUUCGUGAUCGAAUUGUCUUCACCGUCAACAACGUGGACCGAUCAAAUACUAACCUCAAAUGUAAAGAGCUCUGCGAUUUUCUAAAAUCCCCCAUGAUCCCAUGGUUCAUCCAUUACCUUAUUAAUAAACGAGUUACCGUGGAGAAUGCUUUUUUGGAUGUUUUCGCGGAAGUUAUUGAACAGGUGAACCAACGUCAUCCAACCACACGCCAACUUGCCAUCGAAGAGCUUUAUCGAUCCAUUAAGGCGAUACUUCGAAAUAUAAGAUCAGAUGUAGAUGACUCUCAGGCGCGGCUGUAUCUUAAGAACUUGGGUCGUUUUCUUGGAAUGCUCACUCUGGCUAGAAAUCGGCCCGUCAUCUUCGAAGAUCUGAAUUUGAAAGAGCUUAUCCUAGAAGCUCAGGAAAUGGGAGCAGUUGCAUUUACCUAUGUCAUUCCCUUUGUCUCACAAGUUCUUAAGGGUGCAGUGGGCUCUAUUUUUGCCUCUACUCCCUACAUUAUUGCUAUUCUCGGUGUUCUUCGUGAGUUGUAUGAAAACUGCAACUUAAAAGUUCAAUUUAAAUUCGAAAUCGAAAUGCUUUUCAAAGAGUUUCAGUUAAAUGUUACUGAUGUUCCCAUUCCUCCUCCUCCUGAGAUCGCGAGACCUCGAGGUCCUCGGUACAUCUCACUUAAUGCAGGAAAUAUGUCAACCGGCCAGCAUCAGACUCCAAAUCAUCAACAACAAACAGCUGUUGCUGCUCAAACGCGAUCUCUUAUUGUCCAGCAAGCUUUGCAUCAGCAACAGCCUACGCUACAACCAACUUUUGAUCAAUCCGUAAUUGAUUGUAAUCCCCGAUCUCUUACGGCGUUAGCUCAUCAGCAACAGCAGCGUUUAGUGGCAGCUGCCGCUGCUACUGGGCAACAUCCAUCAAUGUAUGGGAAUGUGGGUUCAGCCGCAGGUCGUUCUAAUGUCAUUGCCGCUUUGUUAGAAGGAGCUCAACCGAAUCCGGCUGCUGCAGCUGCAGUUUUAGCCGGAAACACUCAUCAUGGUGGAGCGGAUUCUAUCUAUUCGUAUGCACCAACAGGAGAUGAGAACAUCCGUCGAAAAUUCGAUCCCUCUUACCUGAGCCUCCAACAACAACAGCAGCUGCAACAACAACAAAAUUCACAGGCAGCAGCUGCAGCAGCGUCUUCAAGACAACAACAGGCAGCACUAUAUCAGCAGUUAUCUGGUGUAGUCAAUUCCUCUGGUCAACAGGUUUCUGCUCAGAAUUCGACCUUUAACGCACCGGCAACUGCUGGGUUGCCUCAUGUUGUAUCAGCACCGCAGUUAGCAUCCUCUAUUCAAGGUACCCCACGAGACAUUUCUCAAAAUGGUCCUCAAUUUCACUACGACGAGGUGGAUAUUACUACUGUUCGAGGAGCUGUCAAUAUGGAUGAUAUCGUUCAAUAUAUUUACAAUUUGAACAACUCUCCUGCAGUGUCUUCAAUUAAUUCUCAAGCCGCUGCCAGAGCCCUUAAUAUUAUUCACACUGAUGCAGUUAAAUCAGCAAUCGUGCAGACAGUUGAGAAAUCGAUUGUCAGUGUUAUAAAUCUUCUUGCUGAAAAGUGGAUUAAUGUUGCUGUGUCAACUACAGACUCUCUUGCCAAAAAGGACCAUGCUUUUCAACCCGACCCAGUGCUCUUGAUGCGUUCCGCUAGACAAAUGGCACGUCAUUUGGGCUGUGGCGUCACUUUGUCUCCAGCGAAGGAGGCACUACAGCCUUCUCUUCUCAACUCUAUUAUCGCUGCCAUAUCCAGUCUCACGAAAUUCGACAAGUUGGAUAAAGAUGCAGCCGAGUUGAUUGCAGUGGUAAUUACAUCCCGUGUUUCCCCUGCCGGUGUGGCUUAUAUCCAAAAGACCAUUGCCGAACGUGCAGUUCGUGAAAUUGAGAAGAAAUUUGAAUCAGAAGUGAAGAUACGGCAAGAAUUGGGCCCAGUUAGGUUCCUGGAACAGGCUGCUCGAUUGAACAAAAACUUACCUGAGAGUGUCCAGUUAAAUGCGCAUAUGAUGACUAAUAUAAAACCUCAGGCAUAUGAUUCUCUGGAUAAGACGAUUCCUGGAUUUGCACCCUUGUCGUCCACGACGUAUCAAACGCCUAAUAAUCAUUUUUUAAUUCAGUCAACUGCUGCAGCCGCAACUGGCAAUCCUGCACUAUCCGCCGCUCAACAACAAAUUCUACAUAGAGCGGUAUCUAGCGGUGUAAUGCCACCCCAACAGAGUCAAACACAAGCUCAAUUACCCAACGUUUCAUCAGCUUCAACGAUGGUUAAGUAUCUUCAACAGCAACAGCAGUAUAUGCAGCAACAACAACAGCAUUCAGCCUCCCAACCAACUCCCCAGAAUCAGAUUCAACCCGCAGAGGUGUUCUAUAACCUUGCUUUACAGUUUCGUCAAUUGCUUGACAAAUUGAUGAAGUUACUUCAUGUUUCUGCGCCUUCAGAGUCACCCUUACUACGUGCGCAACAGGAGAUUAUGGAACUUCUUUUUCAGGCGCGGAGUGUAGCCUCAAAUCAAAAUAGUAAUGUUCUGUCUCGUCUAGUAUCUGCCACUGUGCAUUCCUUCCUCUUAUUCUACCGACCAUCACAAUGGCUUGAUCUCCCUGAGGGUCACCAAGUAAUGGAGUGCCUUAGAGAAAUGCACAUGAUUAUAUUCAAGACACUACUCAGCAUUGAGCAGCAUUCAUGGAUUAUCAGGCAGAUAACUCAUAUAUGGAUUCAGCUUCCAGACGGUGAAUCCUCACCUUCAGCAAACCUUACCAAUCCUCCAUCAAAGGUGGAACAACUUUCCACAUUGGCAACGCUUGCAAUAGAGAAGUCGGGAGCUCCAGUACCUGAUUCUAACACUGAUACCGAGUCAGAAACAUGUAAAUGGAAUUGGGAAGCCUUUGCGGAGCUUCUAAGAUUUCAUGUUUUCUACCUGUCGCAAAUUGACGCUUGCUUGGCGCCUAAGGUUGAGGCUGGUCACAAGUUGGCCGUGACAUUUGUUCUUAAUCUCUUGGAUCAGUAUGUUCUGCCUACCCUUGUGGGCUCAUGCAAUCAAGUCGCGAGUGAUUGUGCUCCGAUGGCUAUUAAUGCCACUCAAACUCUUUCAACCUCUCUCGGAAGUAUAUUUAAGGUCGCACAUAAACGUGAAUUCACUGUCCUCAAUGAAUUUGACUUAUGGCUGACUACGCGUGCACUUGAGAGACUUCAGUUGAGCACUGUUAUUUCUCCUGGCGACUUUAACCUACGUCUUCGUUUAUCCUGUGCCAGAAUUCAAGCUAUAAUGGAUUGGGGUCUAUUUGAUAGCGAAGAAUUCAAUACUGUAGUCAAUAAAGAUUCUCCUGAAUUCGGUGUUUUGUUUGCAGGUAUCUCACGAACCCUUGAAUUCGAUGAUACAAAUGUAAUGAAAACAAAAACUGAGCACGUUUUUCGUUGGUGGUUUUAUCAGCGUCCUCAGCCCUGUCCCGGUCAAGCAGAUUUUGAAAGUCAGGCUGGUCAGCUAUUGCAAUUCCUUCAGAGCACUGGUUUGAUCACAAACGAGGAAAAUAUGACACGCUUCCUUCGUUUAUCAAUCAUUUUUGUUAUAGACAGAGCUCAAAAUACUCUCAAAACGGCGGAGGCGAAUACUCUCCUCAAUGCCACACCUUCACGUAGUCUUAAUACUUUACUCGAACUGGAUUCCUAUGCUCGACUUCUUGCCAUUGUCAUCGCAAUGGGUUCACAAGAAGGUGGUGAAAAAGCCAAGAUAACCCUUCUGAAUCGUACUCUCGGCAUUUUGGGGGGCACUCUAAUGCAGAGUCAUGAAAUUAGAACAGAGCAAUUUAAUUCGAUGCCCUUCCAACGUGUUAUGAUUAUGCUACUAAAUGACCUCUUUGAACUCAUUCCCCCUCCAUCUCGGCAAACCAAAAAACCUGAGGAAGCUCAAGAAGAUCACUCUUCACUAACACUCUAUGAUUAUAUUCCCAUUGCUUUUGGCUGUCUAUUGCAUUUUCUGCGUCCAGCCAGAAUGCCCCGCUUUCAACUGGCCUUCCUCGAAAUUAUAAGUCAUCGAAACUUCAUGGAGAGACUGUUGGGCAGGACAGAGCAAGACUCCAUUUCUGCUGCAUAUCGUUGCAUUUAUGCUCAAUUAUUGGCUGAUAUGAUGAGCCAUAUUGCCUUCUUCCUGCAGAAUACCAUCACCUCCAAAGGCAUUACAAAUCUCUAUGUGGCAACAUUCCGACUUUGGAUGGUACUGUUUUACGAUUUUUCCGAUUUUGUAUCGGAGUAUUGUACAUUCUUCUGCGAUGUUUUUCCCAGCGCUGCGAUCCAGUUGAGAAAUCUGGUCAUCUCUAGUGAACCCCGUAAAGAAGGUACUCCCCUCGACCCUCUGAAUGCUCCCCCUGUUGAUCAAUUGAGUCAGCUGGAAGACCCCUUGGGAUACGCAAUGAAAGCCGGUAAUCGACUUCCACCCGUUUUACGGACUGAAAUUGAUUCUUACCUCUCUUCUCGACAACCCGCAAAGUUUCUCACUGAUCUUCCUGCAAUGCUCCGUAGAGUUGAUUCAUUGGCAGUCUUACUGGCAUCUCCCCCUCCCCUGUUGACUUCUGCCAUGUUUGUGGAACAGUCGGAGGGAGGCGAUACUACCUGUCACGAGACUGCACCUCCACAACCCCCUCCUCAAGGUAAGAAGGCGAAGAAAGCGGCAGCAGCUAAGGCAGCGGCAGCAUUGGCUCACCAACAAGCUGUUUUGAGUGGUGCCGCUGUCCAAGCUAAUAUGUCUGCACGCUGGGCCGCUGUGGGCUCUCAAACCCUCUCUGCAUACGGUGUAAACACAUGUUUGAAUUAUAUCCCCGAAUUGAUGACCGAUUUAGUGGUCUACCUUUGCAUUACUGCUGUGAAGAAUCUAAGGGAAUCUGGUCAACCUUUGAAUAUAAGCACUGUGGCUAAGAUGCCUCAAAUGGAGAUUCUGCAAGCUCUCCUGCUAAAUCUGGAUGAUGGUGGUCGAUAUCUGCUGUUGAAUUGCAUCGCCAACCAACUGCGUUACAUGAAUUCGCAUACAUGCUAUUUCUCAUGCAGUCUACUCUAUCUCUUCUCAGAGCUUCCUUCAGAGAAGGCAAAGGAACAGAUUAGUCGAGUUUUGAUGGAGCGGUUAAUUGUCAAUCGACCACAUCCCUUCGGCCUUCUCAUGACAUCAGCUGAACUUCUUCGCAAUCCCAUCUACAAAUAUUGGAAUCAUGAUUUUGCUAGGUGCCACAAGGAAAUGAAAGACAUUGUGACUGUUGUAGCCCGAAGCUGCAUUCCGAACUUUACUCCUCCUCAUGUCAGCAUCGGAAACGGUCCAGCAGUGGGCCAACAAGUGAAUCCGUCCGGACCAACUAGCGCACCGAGUUCAGAGACAAAAGCGGCGGGUGUUGCAGCAACCGCAAAUCUGAUGAAUACAACUUCGAUAGAGGAGUAUUUGAAAAAUCUUGGACGCUUUUUGGGUUUUCUCACCCUCGUUAGAGGCAGGUUGGUCAUCGACGGUGUUUUCGAUAUGAAGUCCCUUCUGCUCGAGGCAAUCGACAAAGGCAAUCCCGCUCUAAUCUACGUUGUUCCAUUUUUAUCGUCAUUUUUCAAAUGUGUAGCAAUCUCGGGAUUCCCUAUAUAUUGCACGUACAAUACGAGGAUUCUUAAGGUCCUGUCAUUGGUCCAUCGUACGGAAGGAGUAGAUCAAAAAGUUAAAUUUGAGAUUGAGGAAUUGUUUAAGGUACUUAAGGCCAAAAGUAUGGAACUCGGGAAUGCCUCAAACAUCUGCUCUUCCCCUAAACGAUUAUACAUUGGUUUUGAUAAUGAUUUGCAUACUAAUAAGCAAUCACUAUUGCCAUGGGAGCUUGAAUCGACUUCAGGAAAGGUCCCUGACCGUAAUGUUAUCGCACUUUUUCAAACCUUAACGGCGCAAAAUAUGUUACCUUCCGUUGGUCAAUCUGUUAGGAAGCAGAUGCCUGUAAAUGUGUUUCGAAGCACGUCUUCAACAUUGAAUUUCUUGAGAUCACAAGUGACGGAUGGAAUUGGGAUGGACCUACAAAAAAACCUUACUCCUCUUCUUUCGUCGCAUCCACCAUCUGAAAUUUUACUCUCUCAGUCUUCUAACUCAAUGCAGCAAUUACCGGGAUCACAGUCUUCUCAAUUCGAUUCGACCCGACAGCCACUUCACCAGCAGAUGCCUCUCAUAAACCACGAGGAUAACUGUGGGCGUCAAAUAAAUUAUGAUGAAAUACUUAGUACUUUAAAUAUACAAGAGGCACAGGAAACACUUGAGUCCCAACACAACGCUCCUUCUCUUCAUGUGGAUCAUGCUUUGCUUCGUGAAGCUAAUAGGUUCCUCUCUAGACCUGAAACCCAAUUUUUAAUGGCGUUUGCAGUUAUUAAGUUUAUCGUGGAAGCAACCAGAAGUGAAUCAAAACGCGUCGCUAUUAACUCGAUUACCAAUUCUGUAAUCAAUGCGAUCACUAGGAAUGGUAUUCCAGAGAACUUACUCAAAGUAGUUAAAAGCAAAACUUCUGAAAUUACGUUUUCACAUGUAAGGCAACUUAUGAAAGGAACUUUCAACACACUAUUUAGAGAGCAUGUAAUGAUAUUGUUGCAUAAUUUUGGCCAUAAAAACCCAUUCAUAGGCGAAUUUGUAACAGAAUUUGUACAGAAGCAAAGCUUUGACAUGCUCUACCCCCACUUCCUUAAUGAUAUGUACAAAGAAGCUCUUGAAGAUGUUAAAAAGCAACUGUUCGCUAUAUCUACAAGACGCCAGCCUGAGUCGCAAUCUCACUCAAGUAUAGGAUGCUUCGUUCACUCAUCUCUAGAUCCAUCUAGAAAUGCCCAUAGAGUAGAAAUGCCCCAAAAUGUGCCUACUGAACAGUCAGUGCUCUCAAAUACUCAGCAACACAGGACUCAAAUGCACUUGAAUCAUCCUCAAGAUGCCGUUAUCAUAGCCCUGCCUUCGCAGAGUGGUAACACAUCAACGUUUGGAAAACAAGAGAGAAAUAUUAUGGAUUUGGUUACAAAAAUCUAUGACAAACAGAUGGCAGACUCAGAAGUUCAAGAACACCUACAGCAUAAAAGGAUUUGUGUUUAUCCAAAUUCUCCACUAAUGAAGGAUUUGCAUAACAUGUCACUACGACGUGGGACUGACGCAUUAACUUCUGCACAGUUGGACACAAUUGACUCUGAGCAGCAUCAAGUUCAGUUUGUUUGUUACAAACUACUCGAUUUUAUUGAUAAAAUUAUGCCCAUCGCUUCAUCUGGUCAUACAUUAACUAUGCUGUCGACAAUUAAACAAUUAGCCACUGAUGCUGUUACACAUUUAUCGUCUGCAAAAGUGACCAUAUGGGGAAGUAUUGUUUGUUGCAUAACAAGUUCCUUUUUGAAGUGUUACACUGCGUCGAAUGAAGAUGCUGUCAAUGAAGAUCAGAAGCAUAUUUACCUAUUUACGCUAAAAUAUAUGUGCAACCUCACUAGAGCUGAGUUUGUUCAAGCGGCAGUUUUCACUGGCUGGUAUUUUGAGGUUGAAUUAGAAAGAAAAAAAGGGGACCUUUUGACUCCCAACGCGAGUAUUUGGAACUGGAAAGCCUUCGCAGAACUCUUUAGACAGCAAUUAGUGGAUCUUGAUAUGUUUGAUCAAUGUUUAUCGGUAGGUAUUGAAAGAAAUUUCAUUGAUUAUGUGGAAUUUUUCCUCAAUCUUUUGGAUCACUUCAUUUUGCCCGAGGCUUUCGAAACGAAAUCGAGUGAAAUAGGUAAAGAUGGCACCAAGGUAUUGUCUACAAAUUGUGGAUUAAUUAAAGUUGUUGAGCAUAAACGCGACUUCAUGGCUCUCAAUGAGUUUGAUUUGUGGAAAUCCAUACGGUCGUUUGUGAAACUGCAAAUGUCAAUUCCUAUUGCAGGUGAUUUUGUUCGUAUCCACACGUCUUAUGCUCGAAUUCGAGCAUUAAUGGAUUGGGGUCUUUUUGAAAGCGACGAAGUUCAGGAGAAAUUUUCUUUGGAUAAUAUAGAAUACCAGCCAUUAUUCAAAGAAAUUUCGAAAUCCAAACUCAGGAAUAGGUGGAGUGAAGAUAAAGGGAAAUUGCAUUGCGUUUUCAACACUUGGUAUGGAUUUUAUAGUAGUUCUCCUUCAAUUAGCAGAAAUACCCUAGCUUGCAUGGCACAGUGCAUGAAACCGGUCUUCCCAAAUGGAAGCUCAGAGAAAGAAGAAGAUGUCAUAGACUUUUUCCGUGCACUAAUUGAUGAAAUCGUUGACACUUUCACUGUGGAUGAAUCGGGAAAUCUCAGAACAAUUAGCUUUGAAGAACGAGAUGAAUUGAGCAGGCGUUCUGAGGCGUUUGGUGAAUUUUUGGCUAUAAGUAUUUUAACUGCCUCAACAUUGCAUAGCAAGAUUAAUAAGUUGAAGCUACUAUGCCACUUUCUGGGAAGCCUGGGUAGAAAAAUAAUUUUUAUGCAUGAAUUGUCAAAAGGCGUAUUCGAUUCCUUGCCCUUCAAACAUAUCUUAAUGAGGCUCUAUAGAACACUACUUGCGACUCAACGUGAUUCUUUACUUAAACCAAUUAUGCGUGAACCUGUUCCAGUUGUCUUUGGGUAUCUUCUACAUCUUCUUCGUCCUUCUCGCGUGCCAGCUUUCCAAGAAGCCUUCUUAGAAUUUCUUGGAAGUGAUGUCUUUAUGAUAAGUAUGCUGGGGGUUGUGACCUUGGCUCAUCACAACAUUUACGCGCAAUUGCUGGUCGAUGUGACAAAACAUGUCAGCAUCUUGGCUCAGUACUUUAUCACACGUAAUAGUUUUACGAAUUUAUAUCAGUCACUUCAUGAUCUUUGGAAUAAGGUUGCUUCCUUGUAUCCAACUUUCGUGUGUGGAUUCGCCCACUAUUUCUCCAACUUUCUAUCUCUUCCUCUGUUCGAUCUGAGAAAUUUAGUGAUUUCUACCAGAAAUGCUCAAGCAACCUUUACGGGAAUCUUGGAAGAAGGUGCCCUAAAAAGUCGGUUAGAUUCAUUACCUGAUCCCACAGGUUAUGUAAUGCAAGCGCACAAGAGACUUCCAUCAGUUUUGAAAUCUGCAGUUGAAUCGUACUUCUCUGUCGGUGCUCCGCUAGAUCUCUUGGAGGCACUUCCUUACGUACUUCAAGCCAGUGAUUCCAUCGUCCAUAUGCUCCAGUCUCCUACGAAACCGGUAAUGGCACAGGAUGAAUUCGGACAAAACAGCAUAUUUCAUAAAGCCCUGCAUCAUGCUGCAAUCAACGUACAGAACCUCACUGACUAUGGAUUCACUAACUCUCUACCAUAUAUCCCUGAUUUGGUAUCCGACUUUCUAGUAUAUUUGUGCAUAGUUUCGGUAGAAAACUGUCAGUACCUAGGAGAUGAUGCUGGCGAAUACUUGAUGGAAAGAUUACCUCUUAUGGAGAUCGUCAAAUCAUUGUUGAAAGCUAUGGGCAAUGCUGGCCAAUACUUCAUAAUUAGUUGCAUGGUUAACCAACUACGCUACUUGAACAAACAUACCAAGUUUUUUGCCCAGUAUCUCAUACAAAUUUUUAAAUUGGCCGCCAAGGAUGAGGAUUUAAGGUGUGAUAUCUUCCGAUGCCUUUUCGAGUAUCUUUUGACGAGGGAGCCCAAAUCGGAGGGCAUUUUGCUCACUUGUGCUGAAAUAUUUCGCGAAUUCGAAAGUAAUUCGGAUGACAGUGAAGUACCGAAGCUAUCAAAUGACCUCGAAAGGUAA